CCUCACAAUGGGAUCCGGACAAUCAAUGACCGCUCCUGCCAUUGCCGCCAACGCCGGCGCAGACCCCAAAGCACCCUCCUCAGUACCAAGCAAGCCGAAGCCAUGCUGCGUAUGUACAGAUGAGAAAGCCGCCCGGGACGAAUGCAUGCUAUUCUCGAAUUCAGACAACGCCCAAAAGGAAUGCGCAGAUCUUGUCACGAAGUACAAAGUGUGCAUGGCAGGUUAUGGAUUCAAGAUUUGAUCCAAGCCAUGAUGCAUGGACGAGGGUAGUGACCGUUCCCCACAACGCUGGCGGGCUGCUGGCGGGCGCAUUUGCAUCACAUCUCACAUAUCACGGCGUCUGAGUCAUGUGGAUGGAACGCCCAAUCCUUUGUAUUGUAUAUUGUAAUAUAAGGUAGUUUAGACUGUAUGAUAUAGUACAAGCAAAAAGAGAUUGAUGCUCUCGCCUUCUUUAUAGAUGAGGAAAUGGGUAUCUAUGCGAAUGCCUAGCCAUCAUGACUUUUAACGAGGGGUAUCGAAAGACUCAUUGAACCUUGACCCCCGAUUUUGCUUUG